AUGACUACGAUCAGGCCAUUCUCCAUGUUUGAUCUGCUGAAAUACAAUAAUAUCAACAUUGACAUUCUGACAGAGACCUUCUACACCAAGUUUUAUGGUGACUACCUCAACAAGUGGCCAGAAUAUUGCGUUGUAGUUGAGAACUCCACUUCUAAAAUCCAAGGAUAUCUCAUGGGUAAGGUUGAAGGCAGCCAAGACCCUGAGAAGAAGACAUGGCAUGGUCAUGUCACUGCCAUCACCGUCGACCCAGAUUUUAGGAAACAGGGUUUAGCCAGGAGUCUUAUGAAUUACCUUGAGGAAAUCACUGCUAAAGUGCACGAUGGAUGGUUCGUUGACCUCUUCGUGAGAAGUACCAACAAAAUUGCAAUAGACAUGUACAAAUCUCUCGGAUACUCUCUCUACCGAAGAGUCUUGGAGUACUAUAGUGGGGAUGCAAAGAAUCCUGGUGAAGAUGCAUGGGAUAUGAGAAAGUCUAUGCCCAGAGACACUACCAAGGAGCUUAUGGUGCCACUUGACCAUCCUAUCCAACCUCAUGAACUUGAGUUUAACUAGUCAAAAACCCAAUA